UACAUCAUCCGCCGGUCUAACAAUACGUCAACACAAUACAACAUGGCGAACGGCUGGAGUCUCAUCAUCAGCAUCAUCGUGGUCGUGGUGAUCGGCCUUGCAGCCUGGUUCUUCAGUCCGAAGGGCGAGAACCAAACUGUCUGGCGGUCAACAAUAAUUCUGUCAACAGCGAGUUGUUGGCUCAUGUGGGCAAUCACUUUCCUCGCGCAAUGGCAUCCUCUCAUCGUACCCGAGCGAAGCGAUCUCCGAUUAGAAGUUGAGCCAAACCAGAGGUUUUGAGCUGGGAAAGCAGACAUGAUUCGGCAUGGCGAGGCGUUUCGGGGCGUUUGGGCAAAGAGCACGUACUUGUACUUCGUGAGAAGGGAAAGGCAGGCAUCAUCAUGACAGAAGGAGCAUGCGCGCUGCGCGGGACGGCAAACUGGGAGAA